AUGAACCUCUCCUCUCUCCGUCUCGACUCCAACCUUAAGUGGUCUCACCGUCCGGCCCACCACGGACUCAACCUCAGUUGCCGAAGAAACGUCGUAUCAUGGUCGUCCAUCAAACCCCCUGCCUCUGCUUCCUUAAGCGUUGCGGAGUCAGUCACUAGUGAUUCACCCAGUCGAAUCGACUCAUUGAGUCAAGUUUCCGGGGUCUUAGGCUCUCAGUGGGGUGAUGAAGGCAAAGGAAAACUCGUCGACAUCUUGGCCCAACAUUUCGACAUAGUUGCUCGCUGCCAGGGCGGAGCGAAUGCCGGUCACACUAUUUAUAAUUCGGAAGGAAAAAAAUUUGCUUUGCACCUUGUUCCUUCAGGAAUUCUUAAUGAGGAUACUCUUUGUGUGAUUGGGAAUGGGGUUGUUGUCCAUUUGCCGGGUUUGUUUGAGGAAAUCGAUGGGUUAGAAACUAAUGGGGUUUCUUGUAAGGGUAGAAUAUUAGUGUCUGAUCGUGCACACCUCUUAUUUGAUUUUCAUCAAGAAAUAGAUGGGCUAAGAGAGGCUGAGCUAGCAAAGUCAUUUAUUGGGACUACUAAGAGAGGGAUUGGACCGUGUUAUUCCAGUAAGAUGAUUAGGAAUGGGAUUAGAGUAUGUGAUUUGAGGUAUAUGGAUACAUUUCCUCAAAAGCUUGAUGUUUUGUUAUCUGAUGCUGCUUCGAGAUUUAAAAGUUUUAAAUAUGGUCCAGAAAUGCUUAAGGAAGAAGUUGAGAGGUAUAAGAGGUUUGCUGAGAGGUUGGAGCCUUUUGUCACGGAUACUGUGCAUUUUAUGAAUGAGUCUAUUUCAAACAAGAAGAAGAUUUUGGUUGAAGGUGGUCAAGCUACCAUGUUGGAUAUUGAUUUUGGAACUUACCCUUUUGUGACUUCCUCGAGCCCAUCAGCUGGUGGGAUCUGUAUUGGUCUUGGCAUUGCUCCCCGAGCAGUUGGUGAUCUCAUUGGAGUGGUAAAAGCUUACACUUCAAGGGUUGGUUCUGGUCCUUUUCCUACUGAGAUAUUGGGUCAAGAGGGUGACCUCCUAAGGUUUGCUGGGCAGGAGUUUGGAACAACUACUGGUCGACCUCGUCGCUGUGGUUGGCUUGAUGUAGUUGCAUUGAAGUAUGUUUGUCAGAUUAAUGGCUUUUCUUCUCUAAACCUCACCAAACUUGACGUGUUGUCAGAGUUCUCUGAAAUCCAGAUAGGUGUUUCUUAUAAACAAAUUGAUGGUACACUAAUUGAAUCAUUUCCUGGCGAUCUCUGUCUCCUUGAAGAACUAAAGGUGGAAUAUGAAAUUUUACCUGGAUGGAAGUGUGAUAUUUCUUCGAUUAGAAACUAUGCGGACCUUCCAAAGGCUGCACAGCAAUACGUGGAGAGGAUAGAGGAGCUUGUUGGUGUACCCAUUCAUUACAUUGGUGUUGGGCCGGGACGUGAUGCUCUCAUAUACAAGUAA